ACUGGCUAGCUUAUUAGGAGCUUAUUUCCACAGCAUGGCUCAAAAGAACCGGCCCUAAUCCCCUCCUCUGCUUGCAGCCGCGCCGGAGAAGAGAGCGAGAGUGCCGCCGCGAUGAGUCACCGCAGGCGACCUCACGCCGCCGGCCCGCCGCCCCCCUCCGAAGGAGGAGGAGAUGCCCCGCCUCAGCCGCCGGGGAAGGCGCCGCAGAUCCGGCCGUGGCCGGAGCGGCGGGUGCUGGCGCUCGCGCUGGCGUUCCGCGCGGCGAACGCGCUGCUGGUGCGCACCUACUUCAACCCCGACGAGCACUGGCAGUGCCUCGAGGUCGCCCACCGCAUUGCCUUCGGGUACGGCCACCUCACCUGGGAGUGGAAGCGGGGCCUUCGAAGUUACCUCCACCCGCUGAUCUUCGCCUCCCUUUACAAGUUUCUGGCGUUCCUCCACCUCGAUACCCCGUUGUUCAUGGUGAUGGCCCCACGGCUUCUACAGUCAGUAUUUGCAGCAUUUGGAGAUCUGUACUUGUAUAAACUCUCCAAACUUAUUUUCAGCGAGCACGUUGCCCAGUGGACAUUAUUUUCGCAAUUGGUGAACUGGUUCAUGUUUUUCUGUAUUACACGGACUCUAUCAAACAGCUUGGAGACAGUUUUGACUGUGGCUGGACUCUAUUAUUGGUUUAUUGCAAUUGAGUCUUCCAAGGAAAUUCCUGUUAUUUCAAAGCAGCAGGCCGCCAGCUACCAAAGUCCUCAUUCAAGAAAAGUGGCGCUACUCAUAGCAGCCUUAGCCUGCGCCAUUCGGCCAACAAGUGCCAUAACAUGGUUGUAUGUUGGUCUUUUGGACUUCAUUUAUAUAAAAUCGAAAUGUCGAUUUCUGUUUCUUGAGGUCAUUCCUCUAGGGGCCAUCGUCCUUGCAGCAACAACAUUCCUUGAUUGGUGGAUGUAUGGUUCCCGGGUCAUCGUGCCACUUAAUUUUUUGAAAUUCAACCUAUUUUCUUCAGGAGGAGAUUACUAUGGAACACACGUCUUCCACUGGUACUUCACCCAAGGUUUUCCAUCUAUGAUUUGGACGUUCUUACCACUUUCAGUUUUUGGAGUCAUAAAGUCUAGAGAAUGGAGGCUUUCAGGUCUAAUUGCCUGGGUAUUAGGGGUUUAUAGCAUACUUGGACACAAAGAGUUCAGGUUUGUUCUUCCGGUGCUACCUUUAGCGUUGAUGUUCUCAGGUUACUUCUUAGCUGCAAUGUCACAAUUCAAGGGUAAAAAUCUGCAUGGAAAAAGACACUUUUCAAGGUUGCAACUUUCUGUUAUUCUUCUCAUCAUAACCAAUAUUCCGAUGGCCUUAUAUAUGUCCCUGUUCCAUCAAAGAGGAACCGAAGAUGUUAUGUUUUAUCUGUCAAAAGAAGCCCAUAAUGGAAGUGUUAAGGGUGUCCUCUUUCUCAUGCCUUGCCACUCAACGCCUUAUUACUCUACCUUACAUAGCAGCCUACCUAUGCGCUUUUUGGACUGUACUCCCAGUGAUAAUAAAGGGACCCUGGAUGAGUCAGACCGUUUCCUCAUGAACCCACUUGAUUUUGUGGGUGAGGUUUUUGGAAAUCUAUCUUCCUUCAGCCACAUUGUAUUAUUUGAAUCUGAAGAAAGACAUGUUAUUCAGUUGCUUCUGCAUGAUUCCUUUCAAGAGGUUAGGAGGUUUUUCCACUCCCACUUCAAGAUUGACAGAGACCUUCAGUCGUCUGUUGUUGUAUAUUCACGGAGAGAUGUGCUAUGAUUGCUUUGGCCAAGAAAAGCUUGUUACCCCAUCUAACAACCUCUGAUUGUGUUUCACAGUGUUUUACUCCCUCCGUUCCAAAAUAGAUGACCCAACUUUGUACUAAAGUUAGUACAAAGUUGGGACAUCUAUUUUGGAACGGAGGGAGUAGUUUGUUAUUUCUGAAAUUAGCUGUAACACUAUUGGAUACUAGACCUUAGCAAUUUGUUAUGGUUUUGUACCCCUCGACAUGUUGUGCCGAUCCUUUUAUAUGGAUCAGAUUUUGUAUAACAACAUGGAACAUGCAUAAGAAAGUUUCAUAUCCA